UUACCUCUCAUUCUAAUAUAAUCAAUUAGUAGCUUGGUUUUAAUUCAUUCAUGGCAGGGCCGAAGAUGCAACUCCUCGUCGCCGCCGCCCUUCUCCUCGCCGCCAGCACCGUCGCUCAUGCGCAGAACUGCGGGUGCUCGCAGGGCCUCUGCUGCAGCAAGUACGGCUACUGCGGCACCACUGCUCCCUACUGCGGCGACGGCUGCCAAUCGGGGCCUUGUUAUAAUCAGCCACCGUCCGGUGGCGGAGUCUCUGUGGCCAGCGUGGUGACACAACAGUUCUUCAACAGCAUUAUUGGCCAAGCAGCCGCCAGUUGCGAAGGGAAAGGAUUUUACACCCGACAGGCGUUCCUCGAUGCGGUUAAUCAGAAGUACUCUAGCUUCGGUCGGGAUGCUACCGCCGAUGACUCUAAGCGAGAGAUCGCCGCUUUCUUUGCCCAUGUCACUCAUGAGACCGGAUACUUUUGCUACAUAGAAGAGGUGGACAAAUCAAACACUUUCUGUGACACUAGCUACUCGCAAUAUCCAUGCGCACCGGGUAAGAAGUACUAUGGCCGCGGUCCACUUCAAAUCUCCUGGAACUUCAACUACGGCCCUGCUGGUCAAGAUAUUGGUUUUGACGGUCUCAAAUCGCCCGAGACCGUCGCCAAUAACGUUGUCAUUUCCUUCAAGACGGCUCUCUGGUUUUGGAUGAAUAAUGUCCAUAGUGUUGUCAACCAAGGCUUUGGUGCAACAAUACGUGCCAUAAAUAGCAUUGAGUGUGGCGGUGGCAACACUGGGGAGAUGAACGAUCGUGUUAACAUCUACAAAAACUACUGCAACCAGUUUGGUGUCUCUCCAGGAGAUAAUCUCACUUGCUAAUUAUAUAUGUAUUGUGUUGUAAGUUUUUUUUAUCAUGAAUAAUAGAAUAAGCAGGGGAACAUGUAUCAUGAUGUUCACCAAUAUGAUAAUGACUAAACUUAUAUAUGUACUUGCAUGUCAAUAAGGGAAAACAAAUUUUCAUUUAA